AAGACUGAAGAAGGCUGUUCUCUCACUCAAUCUCAACCCAAAAUCCACACGCGCACACACACAUACACGCUAGUAUAUAAUAUCUGGAUAUAUAUGAUCAUGCGCCCAUUUAGAUAUUUUAAACACCAUUUUUUCCACGUUCUCUUUCACGUCGAUUUCACUUUCCUUACACCUGCCACUUCCCCUCCCCUUAUAUUUACUGCUCUUUACGUUCUUCUCUUGUGCCUUUAUCCCCUCCUCUCUCUGAACUUAGACCGCUUUGCCUGUAUUUCAUUCUUUUACUCCCUCUCAAAACUAAUUACUAAAGACUAUGUUUAUUGUUCCACGGUACCUGUAAUCAUAUACAUAGAAUCAACCUUGGAGACCAAACCUCCACAACGUCAUGAAUAAGCUCCAAGAUUGGCCCGAACCUAUAGUCCGUGUACAAUCCUUGUCCGAUAGCGGCAUGCCCCUAAUUCCAGAGCGAUAUGUCAAGCCCAUGCCUGAGAGGCCAUCCGUAAAUUCCACCACUUCGAAUGAUGUGAACAUCCCUGUCAUUGAUCUUGCCAGGCUAUAUGGUGAUGAUCAUGCUCUUCGAGCCACAAUACUUGACCAAAUUUCAAUAGCAUGCCGGGAGUGGGGAUUUUUUCAAGUUAUUAACCAUGGUGUUAGCCCUCAAUUGAUGGACCGUGCUCGAGAAGUAUGGAGACAAUUCUUUCAUUCGCCCAUGGAGGUUAAGCAAGCUUAUGCAAACACACCCAAGACUUAUGAAGGUUAUGGUAGCCGGUUAGGGGUUGAAAAAGGAGCGAUUCUUGAUUGGAGUGAUUACUACUUCCUGCACUAUCUUCCUUUACCAUUGAAGGACUAUAACAAAUGGCCUGCCAUUACAGCUGAUUGCAGGGCAGUUCUUGAUGAAUAUGGUAAGCAAUUGGUGGAGCUGUGUGGGAAGUUAAUGAAGGUUUUAUCAAUAAACCUUGGAUUAGGAGAGGAACAACUUCAAAAUGCCUUUGGUGGAGAAAAUAUUGGGGCAUGCCUUAGAGUUAAUUUUUACCCUAAAUGUCCACAGCCUGACCUGACCCUUGGUUUAUCGUCACAUUCGGAUCCCGGUGGCAUGACCCUUCUCUUGCCGGACAGUCAUGUCCCUGGUCUUCAAGUCCGUAAAGAUGGGAAUUGGAUCACUGUAAAGCCAGUUCCAGAUGCUUUUAUUGUUAAUAUUGGUGAUCAAAUUCAGGUGCUAAGCAAUGCCACUUGCAAGAGCGUGGAGCACAGAGUGAUGGUAAAUUCAUCAGAAGAGCGUCUCUCUCUUGCAUUCUUCUACAAUCCAAGGAGUGAUAUACCCAUAGAGCCUUUGAAGGAGCUCGUGGCACCAGGCAGGCCUCCUCUCUAUCCAGCUAUGACAUUCGACGAGUACAGGCUCUUCAUAAGAAUGAGGGGUCCCCGUGGAAAAUCCCAAGUGGAGUCCCUAAAAUCUCCAAGAUGAUGGUGACGUGACAGUAAUUCUUAUGCAAAUUUCUUCCUGGCUAGUGUUGUGUUGUGUUGAUUAAUGUAAACCAAAAGUAACCGUCCCCUUCAUUGGUUAGAGUUUGAGUAAGUGUACAUCUUGUGAUCAUAGAGAGGGCUACAUCUGAAAAUUCAAUAGAAUUAAAUGGGAAAAGUAGAUAAAGAUUAUUCUAUAUAUGUUCUCUCUUUUGAGGAAAAAAACUGGGCCCAAA